AGGAUCGUAAGAGAGGACAGGAAGAGAGGACAGGUAGGGGGACAGGUGAAAGGACUGGGGAGGGAACAGGUGAGAGGACAAGUGAGAUGACAGGAAGAAAUUAAGAGACAAAGAAGGAAAGGAACUCUUCAAACUGUCAGAAUCAGUUUUCUUCGCAAAGAGAGAAGACAAAUUCUCCUCAAAUUCAGCCAAAACUCUACUACUUUCUAAGCUGUUUCUGGGAAACCAAAGGAAGAAAAGAGAGAAGACACACAGGAUAGAAGAGACACAGGAGAGGAGAGAAAGAGAGCCCUGAACUCACAGGAGAGUUAAGUGUCUCUAACAACAAGAAAACAAGCAGCUCACUGUCUAACUAGCCUACCCGGAGAGAAGGAAUACUCUGCACCUCUCUGUCUGAGGAGCACGUAAGAGAGGGAAGAAACAACAAGAGAAGAGAUAAAUGAAGGAGUGAAAAGCGGGAUUCAAACUAAUCAAAGCUGCUGACGACAAGAAAAAGAAGAGUGGAAGAAGAGAGAGAUAAAAUCACAUCGAACCACUUGGAAAACAUGGAAAGGAGGGAAUGUACAUUUAUGCGUACAAGGAACUCAUAGAAGGAAGAGAAAGAGAAAGCAAUUCCAGUUUUGAGAAAUGCUGUUGUACUGGAGUCAACUGUAGUGCAGGAUCUGUAUGUCUGUCCAGCCUCCACACUGCCUAGAACGUCUGUCCAGCCUCCACACUGCCUAGAACGUCUGUCCAGCCUCCACACUGCCUAGAACGUCUGUCCAGCCUCCACUCUGCCUAGAACGUCUGUCCAGCCUCCACACUGCCUAGAACGUCUGUCCAGCCUCCACACUGCCUAGAACGUCUGUCCAGCCUCCACACUGCCUAGAAAGUCUGACCAGCCUCCACACUGCCUAGAACGUCUGUCCAGCCUCCACACUGCCUAGAACGUCUGUCCAGCCUCCACACUGCCCAGAACGUCUGUCCAGUCUCCACACUGCCCAGAACGUCUGUCCAGCCUCCACACUGCCUAGAACGUCUGUCCAGCCUCCACACUGCCUAGAACGUCUGUCCAGCCUCCACACUGCCUAGAACGUCUGAUUGGGGAUCUGGUAUUUAGACUGCAGAGCUGAAACCGCCGCUCUGUCUGUUAACCAGGUCACUGCUGUUCUGUAUAUGUAUAUAUAUAUAUUUGUCCUCAGUGUCUAAAACUGUCUAACAGAGUUGAAUGAUUUAAAUGAAUGAAAAUACGACAAUACAAUGUCUCAGGAGGAUGGUAGGAGUGUCGGGAGCGCGGGGAGCGCGGGGGCGGACAGCGAGUCGGACCACAAUGAACACCAGACCACUAUCCAGAACCAGACCUACGGUCAGGACCAAGACCAGGAUCCAGACCAGGUAUUAGAAGAUGUGAUUGUAGUACUGGACCGGAUCGCCAGUCUCUCUGUGGACAUGUUUGAGCCCAGCGACUUCAAGGGAAGGUUCACUAAGAUCAAGUCCAGAUCCAGGAAGAAAACCCAGAUCAUCAGAGCCUCUCCGGUGGGCCUAAAGCCACCCCUCCCCCCCACCAGCGGUCCCUCGUCAGAGAGGAAGGGUCCAGUCGCCAUGGUGCCUGUUACUGUGGACCCCGAGAGCAAGCCAGGGGAGUUCGUCCUCAAGAGUCUGUUCGCUAACUUCACCUCCGUCUCCGAGAGGAAGAUACGCAUCAUCAUGGCCGAACCACUGGAGAAGCCACUCAACAAGUCACUACAGAGAGGAGAGGAUCUACAGUUUGACCAGUUAAUCAGUACAAUGAGUUCUCUGGCUGAGUACUGUCUCCCCUCCAUUCUGAAGACACUGUUUGACUGGUAUAAACGACAAAAUGGACUAGAGGACGAGAGUCAUGAAUACAGACCCAGGGCCAACACCAAGUCCAAGAGUGAUGAGCAGCAGAAGGACUACUUGCUGGAGAGGAGGGAUCUGGCCAUAGACUUCAUCUUCUCCCUGGUGCUCAUAGAAGUACUCAAACAGAUCCCACUCCAUCCUCUGAUGGAUGGGUUGAUUCAGGAAGUUAUUAACCUGGCUUUCAAACACUUCAAGUACAAGGAGGGCUACCUCGGUCCCAACACAGGGAACAUGCACAUGGUGGCUGACCUCUAUGCUGAGGUGGUGGGGGUCGUCGCACAGUCCAGAUUCCCUGCUGUGAGGAAGAAGUUCAUCUCUGAGCUGAAGGAGUUGAGACAGAAGGAACAGAACCACUAUGUUUUCCAGUCUACCAUCAGCCUCAUCAUGGGAGUCAAAUUCUUCAGGAUUAAGAUGUACCCUGUGGAGGACUUCGAGGCCUCCUUCCAGUUCAUGCAGGAGUGUGCCCAGUAUUUCCUGGAGGUGAAGGAUAAGGACAUUAAACAUUCUCUGGCUGGACUCUUCGUAGAGAUACUGGUUCCUGUAGCUGCAACGGUGAAGAACGAGGUGAAUGUUCCGUGUCUGAGGAACUUUGUAGAAAGUCUGUAUGACACUACGCUGGACCUGUCCUCUAGGAAGAAACACUCUCUGGCUCUGUUUCCGUUGGUUACCUGUCUGCUGUGUGUCAGUCAGAAGCAGCUCUUCCUCAACAGAUGGCACAUCUUCCUCAACAACUGUCUCUCCAACCUCAAGAAUAAGGAUCCCAAGAUGGCCCGUGUGGCUCUGGAGGCUCUCUACCGGCUCCUCUGGGUCUAUAUGAUCAGGAUCAAGUGUGAGAGCAACACCGGAACACAGAGUCGUCUGACGUCCAUCACCACCACUCUGUUCCCUAAGGGCAGUCGUAGUGUCGUACCCAGAGACAUGCCACUCAACAUCUUUGUCAAGAUCAUACAAUUUAUAGCCCAGGAAAGACUCGAUUUUGCCAUGAAGGAGAUCAUCUUUGACCUGCUGUGUGUCGGGAAGCCUGCGAAAGCGUUCAGUCUCAACCCAGAGCGUAUGAACAUAGGUCUGAGGGCCUUCCUGGUGAUAGCUGAUGCCCUGCAGCAGAAGGACGGGGAGCCUCCCAUGCCCAACACUGGAGCCACUCUGCCCUCUGGAAACUCUCUGAAGAAGAAGAAGACUUACCUCAGCAAGACGCUCACUGAGGACGAGGCCCAACUCAUAGGUAUGUCUCUGUACUACUCCCAGGUGCGUAAGGCCAUAGACAACAUCCUGAGACACUUGGACAAGGAGGUGGGCCGCUGUAUGAUGCUCACUAACGUACAGAUGCUCAACAAGGAACCAGAGGACAUGAUCACAGGGGAGAGAAAGCCUAAGAUAGAUCUGUUCAGGACGUGUGUGGCAGCUAUUCCUCGUAUCCUCCCUGACAGCAUGUCCAAACCUGAACUCAUAGACCUUUUGUCACGCCUGACUGUCCACAUGGACGACGAGCUCCGCCUCAUCUCCCAGAAUUCCUUGCAGAGCCUGCUGCUGGAUUUCUCUGAUUGGAGGGAGGACGUCCUGUUUGGAUAUACACACUUCCUGCUCCGAGAGGUUCAGGAUACACACCAGGGUCUGCAGGACUCCUCCAUCAAACUACUGCUGCAACUGCUCACACAGUGGAGACUCACACUGCAGGUCCCUGGGAACAAACGGGCUGCUGAGGCCAGUCCCAGACUACCAGACCGUAGUCCUCACUGCUCAGUGCUUCAUGCUGUAGAAGGCCUGGCUCUGCUGCUCCUCUGCUCCUGUCAGACCAGCACACGCAAACUGGCUGUGUCUGUUCUCAGAGAAAUACGCAUUCUCUUCAAUACUAUAGGACACGCAGAGGAUGAUGACAAGCCUAUGAUAGAGGUGAUGGACCAGCUCAGUCCUGCUGUUAUGGACAGCUUUGUACACGUGGCCGUGUCCGACUCUUCCACCCUCCCUCUCAGCCACCACGUGGACCUACAGUGGUUGGUGGAGUGGACAGCCAGACUGGUGAGCAGUGCCUACGACGUGAAGAGUCCCAGCCAUGUAUGGAUCUAUGCCCAGUGUGUCAAAGACCCCUGGGUACUCUGUCUGCACAGCUUCCUGCGCCAGGAACACCUCCCCAAACUCUGCCCUACCGCUCUCAGCUACGCCUGGCCCUACGCAUUCACCAGGCUACAACUGCUGCUGCCGCUGGUUGACCCCAACAGUCCAGUGAAUGCUAAGAAGACCUCGUCGGCGGGCUCCAGUGACAGCUCCAUCUCUCUGUGGCGGAACUACCUGAUCCUGUGUCUGGGCGUGGCCAAACCCAGCAUCAUGUCACCUGGGCACCUGAGAGCCUCCACACCUGAAAUCACUGCUACCACACCUGACGGCAGUGUUACCUACGACAACAAGGUGAUUGGUACUCCGUCAGUGGCGUGGCUCCUGAAACAGCUGGUCCCUCUGAUGAGAGCUGAGAGCAUAGAGAUCACUGAAUGUCUAGUGCUGGGCCUUGGACGCACCAACGCACUGGUGUUCAGAGAAUUAGUGGAGGAGCUCCACCCACUGAUGAAGGAAGCCCUGGAACGGAGACCUGAGAAUAAGAAGCGUCGUGAGAGGAGGGACCUGCUCAGACUGCAGCUUCUCAGAAUCUUUGAACUGCUGGCCGACGCUGGAGUUAUCAGUGACAGUACUAACGGAGCGUUGGAGCGUGACAGCCUGGCGUUAGGAGCUCUUUUCUUGGAGUACGUGGACCUGACCAGGAUGCUGCUGGAAGCCGAGAACGACAAGGAGCUGGACGUCCUCAAAGACAUCAGGGCCCACUUCUCUGGCAUGGUGGCCAACCUCAUACAGUGUGUCCCUGUCCACCACCGGCGUUUCCUGUUCCCCCAGCAGUCUCUGAGGCACCACCUCUUCAUCCUGUUCAGCCAAUGGGCUGGCCCCUUCAGCGUGAUGUUCACGCCCCUCGACCGCUACAGCGACCGCAACCACCAGAUCACCAGAUACCAAUACUGUUCUCUGAAGGCGAUGUCCGCGGUGCUGUGUUGUGGUCCAGUGUUUGACAACGUGGGUCUCUCUACUGACGGAUAUCUCUACAAAUGGCUGGACAACAUCCUGGCCUGCCACGACAUACGGGUGCACCGUCUGGGCUGUGAGGUGGUGAUUCUGCUGUUAGAGCUGAACCCAGAUCAGGUGAACCUGUUUAACUGGGCUGUAGACCGCUGCUUCACUGGCUCCUACCAACUGGCCUCAGGAUGCUUCAAGGCCAUCGCUACUGUCUGUGGCAGCAGGAACUACCCAUGUGACAUUGUGACUCUGUUGAACCUGGUGCUGUUCAAGUCUUCAGACACCAGCAGAGAGAUAUACGAGAUCUCCAUGCAGCUGAUGCAGGUUCUGGAAGCCAAGCUGUGUGUGUACUCUAAGCGCAUGGUGGAGCAGAAGCCUGGUAACAUUCUGUAUGGGACCCAUGGACCUCUACCUCCUCUCUACAGCGUCUCUCUGUCCUCACUCUCUACACAGCUGGCCUCCAUGUACCCCGAGCUCACUCUGCCUCUCUUCUCAGAGGUGUCCCAGCGUUUCUCCACCACCCAUCCUAACGGCAGACAGAUCAUGUUGUCCUACCUGCUACCCUGGCUGUCUAACAUAGAGCUGGUGGAUACAGGCCUCCUACCCCCUGCUUCCAGCCCCUGUACCCCAGAAGAGGAGCCCCGUGGUCGGGCACACACCCUGGGUCUCGCCCCUCGGCUCCGGGGGAACGGCUGGGGCUCCCUCCAGGCCAGCUCUCUGGUCCUCAACAACCUCAUGUUCAUGACUGCUAAGUAUGGAGACGAGGUUCCAGGUCCAGAGAUGGAGAACGCGUGGAACGCCCUGGUGUCCAAUGAGAAGUGGAGUAACAACCUGCGUACAGCGCUCCAGUUCCUCAUCAGUCUCUGUGGAGUCAGCUCUGAUACCACGCUGCUGCCCUACAUCAAGAAGGUGGUGAUCUACCUGUGUCGUAACAACACCAUUCAGACCAUGGAGGAGCUGUUGUUUGAGCUGCAGCAGACAGACCCAGUCAACCCUGUGGUUCUGCACUGUGAUAACCCGCCCUUCUACCGCUUCGCAGCCAGUAACAAGAUGUCUGCUCACCACUCAGGCACUACGUCCAGCAGUAACACAGUAGUGGCAGGACAGGAGAACUUCCCAGAGACAGAGGAGUCCAAGCUGGCCAGAGAGAACGAGGAGAGGUCCAAGGCUCACAACAGACUGGAGUCUCGCUACAGUAACAGCUCAGGCGGUUCUUAUGACGACGAGAAGAAUGACCCUCUCCCCCCAGCUGGUUGGCUGCUGAGCGUCCUUGAAACCAUCACACCUAGCCGGCCCAUGCCAGUUAACAAAGUGAUGAAAACACUAGUCAACUACCUUCCUGAAACCAUCACACCUAGGGGACCACUACACAGGUGUAACAUAGCAGUGAUCUUCAUGACAGAGAUGGUGGUGGACCACAGUGUGAGAGAGGACUGGGCCCUUCACCUUCCACUACUGCUGCACGCCCUCUUCCUAGGUCUAGACCACUACAGGCCAGAGGUGUUUGAACACAGCAAGCGUCUCCUCCUCCACCUCCUCAUCGCUUUAUCCUGCAACAACAACUUCCAGGUGAUAGCCUCUGUGCUGCUGCUCACCAGAGAGAUCAGUGACAACAAAACACUCACCAUCAAAUCCAGCUAUCAGCCAGAGUACCAGUACUCAGGUGGUCCCGACUUCCUGCGGGAGUGGCAGGCGUCCCCGGUGGCUGACUCUGGCAUGAGCUCCUCCUCCAACUCUUCUUCUGCCAGUCUUGGCGGCGGCAGCACGGGGGGCAGUGUGGGUAACCUGCCCAUGGUAACCCCCGACGACCUGGAGGACCUAGAGGACACGGCCAGUGAGGCAGACAACAAGACCAACAAACUGAUAGAGUUCCUAACUACCAGAGCGUUUGGCCCGCUGUGGGUCCACGAAGACAUCACUCCUAAGAACCCCAACUGUAAGAGCUCUGACCAGCUGUCCAACUUCCUCCGACACGUCAUCUCUGUCUUCAAGGAGUCCAAGUCAGAUUUCCACCUUGAACAGCAGUUGAGUGAUGUAGCGUUGCAGACCGCUCUGUGCAGCUCGUCUCGUCACUACGCUGGGCGGAGCUUCCAGAUAUUCAGAGCUCUCAAACAGCCAAUCAACGCUCACGCUGUAUCCGACCUGCUCUCACGAUUGGUGGAGGUGGUGGGAGAGCACGGGGACGAGGUGCAGGGCUAUGUGAUGGAGGUGUUGCUGACUCUAGAAUCUGUGGUGGUGAACCUGGCUGAGUGUCUGAAGAACAGUGAUCUGAUGGCUGCUCUGACCAGGACCUCCUCCCCAGACUUCUUGACCAAUGAGAAGCUUGAGAAGCAGUUUAACAGGAAGAGCACUGGCCAGCUCAACCUGCCGGGGGUGGGGCUUAGCGGCCUCUCAGCCGAACGCAGCCGACACCAGCGGUCCUAUUCUGUACCCAAAAAGUUUGGUGAGAGCGGCAACCAAUCACACGAUCCGCCUCGCAGCGCUACCCUUGACCGCAUCCAGGCCUGCACCAAUCACGGCCUGGGCCGGCCCGGACGGAGUAUACACGCCUCCUCGGCGUCGACUAAUCGAAUUGAUCCUAGCGUGCUGUCUGAUCCUGCCCACGUGUCCCAUCCUUCGUCCCUAUUGGCUACGGUGUUCUGGGUGGCGGUGUCACUCAUGGAGUCAGAUUUUGAGUUUGAGUAUCAGAUGUCCCUAAGGCUGGUACACAAGCUGCUGUCUAAGGUGCCCCUGGACCGGGCGGAGAACCGUGAGCGUUUGGAGAAGCUGCAGGCCCAGCUGAGAUGGAGUGGUUUUUCUGGACUACAACAGCUGUUGUUAAAGGGCUUCACCUCCCAGACGACCUCUGACCUCACCCUGCAACUCUUCUGUCAGCUCACACCUGUCUCACGAGUCCCUGUAGUCGACACAUCACAGGCUAUAGGUUUUCCCCUGAAUGUGCUGUGUCUCUUGCCUCAUCUGGUGCAACACUUUGGCCACCCCACUCAGUUCUGCAAGGAGAGCGCUGAGAGGAUCGCACAGGUAUGUCUGGAGGAGAAGAACACCAAGCUGUCUCACCUGGCCCAUGUGAUGACCCUGUAUAAGAACAGGUCGUACACGCGGGACCCCUUCUCCUGGGUCAGCGUCGUGUGUCGCUAUCUCCACGAGGCCUUCGCUGACAUCACGCUCAACAUGGUCACCUACAUGGCUGAGCUCCUGGACAAGGGCCUACCCAGCAUGCAACAGUCAUUGCUCCAGAUCAUCUACUGUCUGUUGAGCCACAUGGACAUGACGGUUGUCCAGGUCAGACAGUUCAAUGCUGACGUCCUGAAGACCAUCGAGAAGUUUGUACAGACGGUCCACUGGAAGGAUGCGUUAAACAUUCUGAAGCUGGUGGUGUCUCGGUCAGCCAGUCUGGUCCACCCAGCUUAUAGCCACGCCCACGGUGACCUCUCUAACCUGGAGGUCAGUAGGAUCUGGGACGGAUCAGCAAAGGCCCUGCCCGGCAAGACACUGGACUUCACCUUUGACAUAUCAGAGACUCCAGUGAUCGGGCGGAGGUUUGAUGAGCUGCAGGGGUCAGGGGGUAGAGAGGGGAAGGCCAGGGCUGUGACCCGUAGCACCUCCUCCACCUCCUCUGGUUCUAACUCCAACACCGUCCUAGUGCCUGUCAGCUGGAGGAGGCCUCAGUCCUCACAGAAGAGAACUAGAGAGAAGCUGGUGAACGUUCUGUCUCUGUGUGGACAAGAGGUUGGCCUCACCAAAAACCCCUCGGUGAUCUUCUCGUCCUGUGGGGACCUGGACAUGAUGAUGGAGGUUCAGGGGAGCGGCGUGUCUUCGGAGGAGGGAGGAACCAGAGAAGAUACGCUGGAUGACACGGCGUCGGAGCAGCAGUUCAGAGUGUUCCGAGACUUUGACUUCCUGGAUGUAGAGCUGGAGGACGGAGAGGGCGAGAGCGUGGAUAACUUUAACUGGGGUGUACGGAGGCGUUCCCUGGACAGCACAGAGCUUGGUGACCUGUUAGAGGAGAGUCAACACUCAGGCAGCACCCCCAGUCUGGGACAAGAAGACCCACAGGACUCUGACCAAUCAUCAGAGGAAGAAGAGUCCUCUACCAGUCAGAGUCUGUCUCACUCACAACUGACUAAUCUCUCUCCGUCAGAGGAGACCAACCACACGGACUCUCUCUCUACGUCGUGCGACACCACGUCAGCCGACCCACAAUCCCUCAACGCCACCACACCAGGUACCAGCCAGGGACCUCCACACGACGAGCAGGGAGGACUACGGGGUGGUGAUGAUGAAGACACCCAGGGGCAGGACGAUGACCUGUCUCUCAGUGUAAACGACCUUCCCCAGGGCCAGGACGAUGACCUGUCUCUCAGUGUGAAUGACCUUCCCCAGGGCCUGGGAUCUGACCUGUCUCUCAGUGUGAAUGACCUUCCCCAGGCCCUGGGAUCUGACUGUUGGGAGGGGGAGAGCUUCACUCUGGACCUGGAACACCACGGUCACCAUGGACACAGCAUGGAGCUCUGUAGACCCCCGCUGGGGUUUCUAGACCCUAGCUGUCUGCCCAGUCUCCGUGAUGACGUGGAUGACCUAGAGGACCUUGGUUUUCCUCCUCCCCCCUCACCGUUCUUCUCCGCCAUCUUGGCUGCGUUCCAGCCCACUGUUUGUGACGACGCUGAGGAGGCAUGGCGUUGCCAUAUCAACCAGCUGGUAACCGACUCAGACGGAUCCUGUGCCGUCUAUACUUUCCACGUCUUCUCAUCGCUCUUCCAGAACAUCCAGACUAAGUUCUGUUCCCUGACCAGUGACGCAGCUGGUUACCUAGGAGACGGCCUGAGGGGCAUCGGGUCAAAGUUCGUGAGGUCAUCUGAGAUGUUGACAACGUGUUCCGACUGCCCCACGCUCUACGUAGACGCUGAUACGAUCAUCUCCUAUGGUUUACUAGAGAAGAUGAAGUUCAGUGUGUUGGAGCUGCAGGAGUAUCUGGACACCUACAACAACAGAGAAGAGGCCGCUGUCUCAUGGCUGAGGAACUGUAAGGACACGUUUCCCAGGUGCCCUGGCGAUGGCGUGAUUACCUGUCAGCCAGGAGACUCAGAGGAGAAGCAAAUGGAAUCUCUGGCACAACUGGAGCUGUGUCAGCGUCUCUACAAGCUUCACUUCCAACUGCUCCUCCUCUUCCAGUCCUACUGCAAGCUGAUUGGACAGGUCCAUGCUGUCAGCGCUGUGCCUGAGCUGCUUAACAUGUCUCGAGAGCUGAGUGACCUAAAGACCAGUCUAAGAGCAGCAGAGGCAGCGGUGGCUAGCAACCUGGAACACACACACCUGGCCCACACCCAGACCCAGGCCUCUGCCGCCCUGCCCAACUUCAGCUCCCCCGAGGCAGCCGUACAGGCCAUCCUGGAGUGCCUCAACAACCAGGAGUUCAGCAAGGCCAUACGCUACAUCCACGAGUGCAGGAGGCUGUGGCCUAACGGUGUGUUUGGCGGUGGGUCAGAGAGCGAGGUGCAGACCCUCCUCAAUGUCUACUUCCGACACCAGACCCUGGGCCAGACGGGGACCAUCGCCCUGGUUGGGUCACGCCAAGACCUCAGCCUUAUCUGUUCCAAGCUGCUGGAGCUCAACGGGGAGAUCCGGGACAUGAUCCGUCGCGCUCAGGGAUACCGGGUGGUCAACACCUACCUCCCCGACUCCUCUGCCUCAGGGACAAGCCUCUGACAGCAGCACAGGAGCCCCCCUCGUACCCCUCAUCCACCCUUAUUAGCCCGACAAACCUCAUCCUCCCCGUCACCCCUAUUGCCCCUGAUCUCGUCGCAGAUGGUGCUGUUACCCGCGACCAUAACACCACUACCACCAUCUCUACUGCCCCAAACCCAGCCUCACUUCUGGCCUCUCCCUCCAGCUCAACCAUAGACUUGUCUCUGCCCUUACUCAUAGACUUCUACUGGCCUCCCCCAGACCUCUUCAGACCCCACUGUGAGUGCACAAACAUACAUCAGGCCUCUCACACACACUCUUUACAGUGCAUUCCAAACCUCAGCCCUAACACACACACUCCACUCAAACCAGGUAACACAUUGCCCGACCUUACGCACACACACACAUUUCCUGCUAUCCCACCUCGUGGACCACACCUCCCGUACUCCCCUUACACACAUCCAGAACCAGUCUUAGACACACAAGGUCUGGCCCCUCUCCUUCCUCCUCUUCCUCCUGACCCAGCCCAAGGUGCAGAGGCGGGGUGGGGGUGCUGCUGCGCCAUCGGAGGGGAUGGUACACCCCUGUCCCGUUACCUGGGGAAGGUGGGUCACACCGCCUGGCCCCUACUCAGAGUGGGGGGGCUCCUGAACCCUAAACAACCCUCUGGUGUUCACACCUGAGGGUCAAUAUACCUGAUAGACUCACCUUAUGAUGCUAGUCAUACCUGAUGAUGCUGGCCACACCAGAAGAUUUCAACCACACCUGAUGAUUCUGACGAUACCUGAUGCUGACCACACCUGAUGAUGCUGGCCACACCUGAUGAUGCUGACCAUACCUGAAGAUUUCAACCACACCUGAUGAUGCUGGCCAUACCUGAUGAUGCUGACCACAUCUGAUGCUGACCACACCUGAAGAUCUCAACCACUCCUGAUGAUGCUGGCCACACCUGAAGAUCUCAACCACUCCUGAUGCUGGCCACACCUGAAGAUCUCAACCACUCCUGAUGCUGGCCACACCUGAAGAUCUCAACCACUCCUGAUGAUGCUGGCCACACCUGAAGAUCUCAACCACUCCUGAUGCUGGCCACACCUGAAGAUCUCAACCACUCCUGAUGAUGCUGGCCACACCUGAAGAUCUCAACCACUCCUGAUGCUGGCCACACCUGAAGAUCUCAACCACUCCUGAUGAUGCUGGCCACACCUGAAGAUCUCAACCACUCCUGAUGCUGGCCACACCUGAAGAUCUCAACCACUCCUGAUGAUGCUGGCCACACCUGAAGAUCUCAACCACUCCUGAUGAUGCUGGCCACACCUGUGGAUUAAAAGACCUAAGUCCCCGAGAGAGACCAAAGGACAUACAUGAAACACCUGAUGAACCUGAGGAUUUACCUGACCUGAUAUCAGAUUCAACCUGUGAAUGAAAAUACCUGAUCUCAGUGAAACCUUAGGAUGGGGGAAGUAUCUACCUGUUACCACCAGGUAACCUGGGGAUCCACUACCUGACGCCUCACCUGUGGGUGAAUGUCCCAGAGUCAUAGCUUCUAUUGCACUAACAUGGACUUCUGAGAGGAGAGGGGGAGCCGUUACUACUGAGAGAGACAUUCAAUUAUGCUGUUUAUCUGUGAGAGAGAGAGAUCGAGGCCAAGGACUGGAAGGUUGUAUAUCUCUCACCACGUGUGUAUCUACUGUUUAAAGAGUUUCUUUAGGGGAAAAUGUGCACUGCUUGACCUAGAGGAAAGCUGUAUUCUAGAAUCCACAGCCUCUACUUAGCAUUGGUUACCCAGACGAUGUUUAGUUCUACAACUGACAGAAGUGGGCAUUCACAAUAAAGACUGUUAGGAUCCGUCUGCAUCGCUGCCCCUACACAUGGAGCUGCGUGCUGCAUCGUGUGAAGAGACAGGACACAGACUAGUAUUCAUGUGUUUCAUCUUGUUGCCUGGUUUUCUGAACCUGAACGCUUCUCGUGUAUUAGUGAACCAGCUCCUCAAGACCACUGUAAGACUAGCCUACCUUAGACCAUUAUAUUGAUUAGUAUGUACACACUGGCUAUACGGUGUAGCAUAUUGUGGGUCUACGUAUACACACACCAUUUGUUACCGUGACCAUCCUAUAUUGUGAUGUGUGUGUAACUGACAUUGGGGGGGGGGGGGGUACAGUUGUACACACUAAAUACUCCGUCACAUGGAUGUGUGCUGACAUCCACUGGUUUAAAUGUUCUUAACUAAACAUGAGCUACUGUUCAAAUACCUGCUGGGCCCUGUUCCAAUACUUUUAAGUCCUUAACUUCCAUCCUGCCUUGAAGGAAUCACUGACCAGGGUGGUUAAGGUUCAAAUACUAGAGGUUUGAUACUAGUAAGGUCUGAUCAGUGGCCAAGGAAGGAUGCAUUUUAAAGUAUUGGAACAGGGCCAUAGACACUUCCUGUGGUGGUCAGUCGCUUUUGAUUCCUUUCUACACAAGUUCAGUCUAGUCUUAUCUAUACCCGAUGAAGCUCUAUCCUAUUCCUGACCAGCUUUAUAGAUUUUCCCCCACGUUCCUUCAAUUCAAACUGAUUUAACUGCCAUGCAUGUGUAUAUUGUAAUGGACGACAUGUAUUCAGAAGAUUCAUGUUUUAUCUGAUGCGUUUGUAUGAGAUGCAAAGGUUUGCGCGCGAGAGAAAGUGCGCAUCAAGAAAAAGCACAUUUUUAAAGCGUUGUAGAGGAAGACAGUUUUCACUUUGUAAAUAGUUUUACAGCUUUGUGAAGUCAUUGAGUUGAUGCCAUGUCUCAAAAUAAAGACCUCU